AUGGACGGUCCAGAUCAGAUCGGUCCUGAUCAUACACCCAAGCGGACAAUCACCGACAAGGUCCGAUACGCGGUCAAAACUUUCACAACGCGAGAGGGUUUAUUAGGAGACUACGACUAUGGAUACCUUUUCAUUCCCCGAUUACCAUUCACAAAGCGAGCCCGCAAAUCAGCACCAUUCUUCGGUCUCGAUGAUCGCGUGCCCGUCGUGCUCGCAUUGAUUCUGGGUCUGCAGCAUGCGCUUGCAAUGCUGGCUGGUGUGAUUUCACCACCCAUCUUGCUCGGCGGGGCGGCCGGUGCCAACUUCGGCGAUGACCUUUACCAAUACCUCGUCUCGACCUCUUUGAUCGUAUCCGGUUGCCUGAGUGCUAUUCAGAUGUUCCGCCUUCACAUCAAGGGAACAAAAUACUAUAUUGGAACUGGACUUCUCUCGGUUGUUGGUACAUCCUUCUCAACGAUCACAGUCGCCCAGGGCGCCUUCUCCCAAAUGUAUAAAUCAGGCUACUGCCCUACCCUCGAAGAUGGAACUAAGCUCCCCUGUCCAAGGGGCUACGGUGCCCUCCUCGGCACCUCGUGUCUCUGCGCCCUCCUCGAAAUUGGCAUGUCCUUCAUGAGCAGCAAGAUCCUUGCCCGCGUCUUCCCUCCGCUCGUCACCGGUCCCACCGUCCUCCUGAUCGGUGCCUCGCUCAUCAAAUCCGCAAUGCAAGAUUGGGCCGGUGGCGCAUCCUGCGGAUUUGACCCCUCUGCCCGCGCAAUGUGCCCUAGCCCCAGCGCCCCGCACCCUCUGCCAUGGGGAAGCCCCGAGUUCAUUGGUCUGGGUUUCCUUGUCUUCGUCACAAUCAUCAUCUGCGAGAGAUGGGGUCCUCCCAUUCUCAAGAGUUGCUCUGUGAUUGUUGGACUGCUGGUCGGCUCGAUUGUCGCCGCGGCGUGCAACUAUUUCGAUAAUUCUGGUAUCGCUGCUGCACCUGUGGCCUCUUUCCCUUGGGUCAAAACCUUCCCGCUUUCGGUCUACCCUCCUCUGAUUCUGCCCUUACUCGCGCUAUAUAUCGUUAUCAUGAUGGAGUCGAUUGGUGAUAUCACGGCGACAUGCGAUGUCUCCCGACUCCAGGUCGAGGGAGCUACCUUCGAUUCCCGGAUUCAAGGCGGUGUUCUGGGCAACGGUAUCACCUGUCUUUUGGCCGGUCUGAUGACAAUCAGUCCGAUGUCCGUUUUCGCACAGAACAACGGUGUCAUUGCGCUGACAAAGUGUGCCAACCGUACUGCUGGCUACUGCUGUUGCAUGUUUCUGGUUAUCAUGGGAAUCUUCUCCAAGUUUGCCGCUGCGCUGGUCGCAAUCCCUAGCGCCGUUCUCGGUGGUAUGACCGCUUUCCUGUUCAGUUCUGUGGCCGUCAGUGGUCUGCGCAUCAUUGGCACUGUUGAUUUCACUCGCCGCAACCGUUUCAUCCUCACGGCUAGUUUCGCGGUUGGCAUGGGUGUCACACUCGUUCCCGAGUGGUUCGGCUACUUCUUCUCCUACAAGGGUGACAACCACGCCCUUGAGGGUCUAAUUAAUGCUGUUGACCUGGUCAUGGAGAAUGGUUUUGCAAUUUGUGCGCUGGUCGGCAUCUUCCUUAAUCUCUUCAUUCCGGACGAGCUUGAUGAUGAUCUCGCUCCUGUUCUCGAGUCGAAUGAGUCGGAUGAUUACCGUGUGGAGAUGGAUACCCAGCAGCAGUCGUCGACUACUAAGAUGGAGCAGCCGGCUGGUCCGAGUGCUUGA